UUCAGAUUCAUCUUGUGCUUAGGUUCUAUUGAGCUAACAUACCGACAAUGUUGAUUCGGAGCCUUUUAGCUAUUGUUUUGGUAUUCCAGGCGUGUCUGGCCGUCCCAUUCGGCUUGAAACCCAGGAUUACCGAUGGAGAGGAUGCCACACCGGGUGAAUUCCCUUAUCAAGUCUCUGUUCGAUGGGGUCUUCCACCCUUAAUUCCUUUUAGUCAUUCAUGUGGUGGUUCCAUUAUAAACGAGAAUUUUGUCUUAACUGCUGGACACUGUGUAUUGAAACUUGGUAAGCUUAAAGUCUUCGCUGGCAAGCAUUAUCUUACGGAAGUCGAAUCUACUCAACAAGAAGUUGACGUCGCUAAGGCCUACGUCCACGAAAACUAUCCAGGGUAUGUCCAUUAUUUUUAUUUGCAGUUGAAAAUAAAUAUUUUAGAAAUUAAAACUAUAAUUAACUAUAAUUAAUUAUAGUUCCCUUUC